AUGGGAGAGCUAGCUCCAAGACAGCAGCAAGUGGAAAAGAGCUUUACACCUCAACUGCCAUACCCCCAAAGAUUCAAUAAAGAAACCAAGGAUCAACACUUCCAUAAAUUCCUUGAGGUUUUCAAGAGGCUGGAGAUAAACAUCCCUUUGGCUGAGGCAUUGGAGCAGAUGCCUCUAUAUGCGAAAUUCCUGAAAGAUCUCAUCAAUAAGAAGAGAAGUUGGCAUGAGAAAGAAACUAUAUUGCUCACUGAAGAAUGCAGGGCAUUAAUUCAAAAAGGGCUUCCACCCAAACUUGAAGACCCUGGAAGUUUCUUUCUGCCUUGUACCAUUGGAAAAUUGAUCAUCAACAAGGCAAUGUGUGAUUUAGGGGCAAGUAUCAACCUAAUGCCCUCUUCUUUGGUGAAAAAGCUUUGUAUAGAGGAAGUGAAGCCAAUACAAAUGUCUCUGGAACUGGUGGAUAAGUCAGUGAUAUGUCCCAGGGACUUUGUGGUCUUAGACUCAGAUGAGGAUGAAGGUGAUUCUAUUAUACUAGGGAGACCAUUCUUGGCCACUGCUAGGGCCAUUAUAGACAUGGAGCAGGGAGAGCUGACCCUCAGAAUGCAUGAUGAAAGCAUCACCUUGAAUGUCUUUCUAGAGAGACAGCUCAGAGAUGAAAAGAAAAACUGCAUAGAAAUUGACAAAGAAGACUUACAGUGGAAGGAAGGAACUAGCAAGGAAAUCAUUGAUUAUUUUCCAAGACAAGAAACAAACAACACAGUAAGGCAAAAGGAGAAUGAGACUGUGCAAGGCGAAGAGGGAAAUCAAGAAGAAAUUGAAGUGUUAACCACUGAGAAGAAAAGCCCUAAGGUAAAGCCUACUGUCAAGGAAGAAGGAUCAACAAAAAGAAGAAAGAAAAGCAAGAAAUAG